AUGGGUGAGAUGCAGAAGAAUUUGCAGGGGCCACGUCACCGCACAUCUCUGAAGAAGCCCUUAUGGGUUGUUUUGACAGUUUCAGUGACCAGCAUGCUUCUCAUCUGUGCUCAAAUGUUCCCACGGCACGGCAAGAGCUCCUCCUGCCACGGCCUCUACAGCAACAGAGGCUGCGAGGAUGCUCUCUCGUCGUGGCUGCCUGUUCACGUCAGGAAGUUCACUGAUGAGGAGAUAGCAGCUCGAGCUGUGGUCAGAGACAUACUUAGAACGCCUCCCUUACUAACCGAAAACUCCAAAAUCGCUUUCUUGUUCUUGACUCCCGGUACUUUGCCGUUUGAAAAGCUCUGGGAUGAGUUCUUCAAGGGUCAUGAAGGGAAGUUCUCGAUUUACAUCCACCCGUCCAAGGAACGGCCGGUUCAUAUCAGCCGUCACUUUUCUGAACGGGAAAUCUAUAGUGAUGAGGUCACUUGGGGAAGGAUUUCGAUGGUUGAUGCUGAGAAGAGGUUACUGGUUAAUGCUCUUGAAGAUCCUGACAACCAACACUUUGUUCUUCUCUCAGAGAGUUGCAUACCAUUGCAUACUUUUGACUACACUUAUAGAUAUCUUUUGUACUCCAACGUCAGCUUCAUUGAGAGUUUUGUGGAUCCUGGCCCGCAUGGGACUGGUAGACAUAUGGAACAUAUGUUGCCAGAAAUCGCCAGGGAUGACUUUAGAAAGGGUGCUCAGUGGUUCACAAUGAAGCGACAACACGCCAUUAUAGUGAUGGCUGAUGGUCUUUACUACUCAAAAUUCCGUGAGUAUUGUGGACCAGGGAUAGAGGCUGACAAGAACUGUAUUGCAGAUGAACAUUACUUGCCAACAUUCUUCAGUAUGAUUGAUCCCAUGGGGAUCUCAAACUGGUCAGUGACGUUUGUUUGA